GCCUGUCAAUCAAUUACAUUUGUAAAAUGAACAAAAAACCAGAAUACAAGCUAAGCGAGCGCGACUUAGACAUCCGCUCUGAUCUGGAGUUCGUAGAUGGUAUGCUGAAGGACCUGCAAUUGGAGGUGGAGCCGCAGGCUCGUGGGGUCAUCUUGGAUCUGGCUUAUACUUUGGCAAGGGACAAACUCGUCGAGGCUCAACGUUUCGCAAAGUUGGUCAAUCGCACCAAAGUGAGUAUCGAGGACUUGAAGAUGGCCAACCUGGAGCGGACAGAGGAGCUGAGCAAGAGAGCGAUCCAUACGCCGGUGAAGUCCCUUAUUCCCAGCCAGGCAUCUCUGCCCUCGCCGACUGUGAGCCGUGGACUGAUGCUGCCCACCUGGCGGCAGUGUCAGAUGGGUACAAUGGCCGAAUUGAAGGACAAGGUCCCUGAGACUCAGCCACCGAAUCCCAAGCCCGUGCCACCCCUAACACCGGUAACAGCUUCUACUCCUGGUCUAAACUCUGGCUCCAAUUCGAUGCUGACUACUGGAUCUUCAAGCCCGGGUCUUAAGGCUUCACACUCCCUUGCUCCUCCCAUUGGCACCAAGGCGAAUCUUUUCGACAAUUUUACCUUGCCAACGAUUUUACCCGAUAGAGUUCGCAAGGAUGCUCGUGGUAGCGCAAUAAGAAGUCAUUCUACUCCUAGGAUGUACAUCAAUAGAUCCUAUAGCUCGAUGGCUGACGCAGCAGGAGGAUCUCCCUCGGUCACAAAGAAACCACGCAUGCAACUAUGAAAUAAUCGAAAUCUUUAAAAUUAUAAUACUUUUAUUACAUUGGCAACUGUCAAUUUAUCGACGAGUUUGUGAAUAUUUUUAAUGUUAAUUACC